AUGUCUGGUAGAGGCAAGGGCGGGAAGGGGCUCGGCAAGGGGGGCGCCAAGCGCCACCGCAAGGUGCUGCGCGACAACAUCCAGGGCAUCACCAAGCCGGCCAUCCGCCGCCUGGCUCGGCGCGGCGGCGUCAAGCGCAUCUCGGGGCUCAUCUACGAGGAGACUCGCGGAGUGCUGAAGGUGUUCCUGGAGAACGUGAUCCGCGACGCUGUCACCUACACCGAGCACGCCAAGAGGAAGACCGUGACAGCCAUGGACGUGGUCUACGCCCUCAAGCGCCAGGGACGCACCCUCUACGUCUUGCUCCACCUUAGGCCUGGCCGCGGUGACAUGGCGCGUACGAAGCAGACGGCGCGUAAGUCGACGGGCGGGAAGGCGCCCCGCAAGCAGCUGGCCACCAAGGCUGCCCGCAAGAGCGCGCCGGCCACCGGCGGCGUGAAGAAGCCGCACCGCUACCGGCCCGGCACGGUGGCGCUGCGCGAGAUCCGGCGCUACCAGAAGUCGACGGAGCUGCUGAUCCGCAAGCUGCCCUUCCAGCGCCUGGUGCGCGAGAUCGCGCAGGACUUCAAGACCGACCUGCGCUUCCAGAGCUCGGCCGUCAUGGCGCUGCAGGAGGCCAGCGAGGCCUACCUGGUGGGGCUGUUCGAGGACACCAACCUGUGCGCCAUCCACGCCAAGCGCGUCACCAUCAUGCCCAAGGACAUCCAGCUGGCCCGCCGCAUCCGCGGCGAGCGCGCCUGAGGCUUCUGCCCAGCCAGCACCAAACCCAAAGGCUCUUCUAAGAGCCAC